AAAAGAGAAACAAGUUGCUGCAAGUCGCCAUUGUAAAAUUGGUAAAAUUGUCAGGCGUCGUGUAUCGCUUGUUUUUUUUUUUAUUAAAAAAUUACUACAUUAUUAUUUCUAAUCCACUCACUGGUAAUAGUCAACAUUCCAAGUUAACUUGGAUAAAUUAAAUCUACAUUGUUAUUAAUAUUCAUUUAAUAAUAAUUAAUAUUUAUAAAUAAUAAUAAUAAAUCAAGUUGUUAAACACAACAAUAACAACCGGCAUCAAACGUAAUGAAACUCAUCAAGAAAUUUUCACCGGGCGAUAAGGUUUUUGCUAAAGUACGAGGUUAUCCACCUUGGCCAGCCAGAGUUGAAGAGGUAACUGACGGUCAUACAAAAAACGCCAAAUACAAGGUGUUCUUCUAUGGUACUGGUGAAACGGCAUCAUGUAAAUGUGAUGAAUUAUUUACAUAUCAUGAAAAUAAAGAAAAAUAUGGAAAACAUUUAAAGAGAAAAGCCUUUCAUGAAGGUAUGCAACAACUUGAACAGGAAUUAAAUAACGACCAAAGAAAAGAACCAGAAUUACCAAAAGAAACAAACGUAGAAUCUUUUGCUGAACAAGCUGAAAUUGAAAGUUCAGAGCCAAUUGAAAAAGAGCCAACACCACCACCACCAGCAACACCAGCAGCACAAUCAACAGCUAGUUUAGAUAGUGAUUUAGAAACUGGACCACUUGUCAUUGACGAAGGAGAUAAGAAAAAACAAUUUAAACGUAAAUCACUUGCAACACCAGCUGGCUUGGAUUCAUUGGAACCAAAGAAAAAACGUGCACGUGGUAAAGCCUGGACAAGUGCACAAAAUACACCAAGACAAGAUCCAACUAAUGAGUCAUUAGAAGAAAUGGCUGGAAAAGAAGUUGUCAGUAGAAGUGGAAGAAAAAUAAAACCAAAACGUUUUGCUGAUUUUUCAAGCUCUGAUGAAUUUGAUACUGAGAAUAGUGGAAGAGGCAGAGGUAAAAACAAACUUGAUGAUUUGAUGGAUAAUCAAUCAACACCAUCCAGUGAAGUUGCCAAAAAACGAACAAACUUAGAAAAAGAUGAUAAAAAAGUAGCUGAUAAAGAAAGUUUAUUGCAAAAACAACAACACAAGCUAAGAUGGCUUCGUAUGGAACAUCAAUUAUUAACUUGUGAUGCACAAAUUAAAUCAAAUUUGGGUCUAGAAAGUGCUGAUGCUGACAAAUGUAUUUCAGCUAUGGAAGAAAUGUUAAAUUUACCAAUUGAUCCAUUGAUGCUUAAAAAACAUUCACAUAUUGUUGAAACAAUUAAAAGGUUACGAAGAUAUAUUGGAAAUCUUACAGAGUGGAAAUUGGAAGAAGAAGACAUGUUGACAUUUAAACAAAAAGCUGAAUCAAUAAGACAAAAAGCUGAACAAAUUUAUGGAAAAUUCAAGGCAUUAUUUACUAUUCCUGAGAAUCAAACAUUUUGGGAAUUAUUUUCUGAUCAACUUAAUGUAUUUAAAGAUUUAACAAAAGAUAUGCCUGAAGAAAAAGUAUAUGCACUUAUGUGUGAUCCAUCAACAUCAUCAUCAUCAGAUGCUAAUGUUACUGAUGUCAUGAUGGAUGAUUCUUUUGCCAUGAAUGAAAGCAACACAACAGAUUUAUUAAAUCAAUCAACGUUAUCAACGUCUGUCACAGCAACUGCUAAGUAAAUUAUAUAUUUUUUCAAUUUUACUUAACAUUUUCUAAUUAAGCAUAAUUUACUUUUGUCCUUUUUAUUUAAACUUGAUAAAAAAAUUAAUAAGGCAACCUUAUUAUUCAAGGUUUCUUACAAGUUUAAUUUGAUUAAUUAAUUUGUUUUCGUUUUGUUUUUUUACUUGAUCAUUAAUUUGUUUAAAUGUUAUCCAAAAUUUUAUGCUUGAUCAAUUUGUUUUUCUAUGCUAUUUUCUAAUUUUGAUAUUGAAAAUAAAUUUUGAAAAACUUUGAUUACAUUCUGUCAGUUGCUCAAAUUUUCGUGGACUUAUGUUCAAAGAUACAGGUUUAAAUUAUUCUUCCAAUUUUAUACAUUAGUUUAAUUAAAAAUCAAAAUUACAUGCGAAUAUUUCAGUUUAUUAAUUAAAUUCGAAAAAAUAAAAAUAAAAAGUUAAUGUCACGAUAAAUUUGGCAUUUGGUAAAUAUCAAAAUAUUUCUUUAUUAUUUUAAUGAUAAAAUUAAGUUAAGUGUUUCAUUAAAAAAUUUUUUUAUCUAUUUUUCAAUACAUGCCAAUUAAUGUUAACAAAACUUUUUUGGAAAAAUUAAAAAAUAAUUAUCUAAAUUAAAAAAUAUUAGACCAUUUCGAAUUGUCAUCAAAAUUAUUCGAAUGAAAAUAAAAAAAUUAAAUUAUAUUAUAAAAACUGGCUAAAUACAAAAAAACUAACGACAAAAAAUUGAAAAAAAAAAAAUUAUAUUUUUGGUAUUGAAAAAUUAAAGAAAAUUAAUUGUAAUAGUUUUAAGUAUACGUCGUGUUUACAAAUAUUCAUAAAGCAACAAAUAAA